AUGAUGUUCCUUGUACCUCAGAUUCAACCACAUUUUGUUGCAGCAAAGGUGAUGUUUGCAUGUCGAACGGGCUAUGUUAUCUCCAAGGACAGCGCGGUGCCUUAUAAUAAGGGCUCAGGGUUUCCCAUACUAGCCGCUCAGUAUAAUGGAAGCAGCACCGUUCACUGCUGCGGCACAGCAAAUUGGGAGAAUGGCACCGUUAACUGUGGCAACUUCAAUUCAGUAGAAGUCCCGCAUGGAACAGCUCUCGCUGGUGUCGCUGGGCUAUCCGCCACCUCAACAGCGACUGCGACCUCAUCUUCUGUCCCAUCCUCUUCUGCCACGACAUCAAGCUCUGCGAGCGACAGCGGCUCAAAUUCAAAGCGAGAAGCAGCGAUCGGAGCCGGAGUGGGCGUACCACUUGGUAUCAUUGCAAUUGCAUCUAUAGUUUGGGCCCUGUGGGAACGACGCGCACGCUUCAAAGCCCUAUCACAGUCAACGGGAGUACCCGCACCGAUGAACCAGCCUUACUUUCGCAGACCGGGAUCGCCGCGCCAUCCUGUCGAAUUGGGUGCCUCUGACGUCUCGGAGUUAGGGAACGGGGCGACCUCCAAGCCUCCAGGAUCCGAAGUACAUAAUUUAUGA